AUGGAAAACUUCGAGUUGGUUUUCAUCCCCUUCCCCGCCCCUAGCCACCUCUCCACCACCGUCGAGGCCGCCAAGCUCCUUCUCGACCGGGACCCACGCCUCACCAUCACCGUCCUCGUCAUGAAACUCCCGAACGACCAAACCCUCGACAAAUUCACCCGAACGGACCUUUUUCCCCGCCUUCGAUUCACCGACAUCCCGAACCAAGAUUUCGAGCCCUCCCGCCACCGAACAAAAUUGUUUGACUUUGUGAACUCCUGCUUGCCCCAAGUUCGGGAGGCCAUCUCGGGCCUCGUCAACUCCCGGCCCGACCCGUCCUCCCGUCUCGCGGGCCUCGUCCUCGACAUGUUCACCACCGUUUUCGUCGAGGCCGCGGACGAGCUCGGUCUCCCGUCCUACGUCUUCUUCACGUCGGGUGCAUCGGCGCUCGGCCUAUUCAACUACCUCGUCUCCCUCAAGUUCGAGAAAGGCGAGGAUCUCACCCGAUACAAGGGCUCGGACCUCGACCUACCCGUCCCCUGCUUCCUGAGCCCUGUUCCGGCUAAAGUUCUCCCGAGCGUGUUCGUGAAUGAGGACGAGUCCCCGAUUUUCCUCGACUUGUUGAAGAGAGUGGCCGACGUGAGGGGGGUCAUGGUCAACACAUUCGAAGGGCUCGAACGGUUCGCGCUCGACUCGCUAAAAAUGGACGGGAGGACGCCGAGGGUCUACCCGGUGGGUCCGAUAAUGUGCGGGCCGAGUCGAACUGCGGACGAGGACAAGGUCUUGGAGUGGCUCGAUGGGCAGCCAGAUGGGUCGGUGGUGUUCCUCUGCUUCGGGACGAUGGGGAGCUUCAGGCGGGCCCAGGUGGCGGAGAUCGCAGCGGGCCUGGAACGGAGCAGGGCCCGGUUCUUGUGGUCGCUGAGGAAGCCAGGCAAGGGGACUCCGACCGAGUACGAGGAUUUCGAGGAGGUCCUUCCGAAAGGGUUCGUCGGGCGAACGGAAGGGGUCGGAAGGGUGAUCGGGUGGGCCCCCCAGGCGGAGGUGCUGGCCCACCGGGCAGUGGGGGGUUUCGUGUCACACUGCGGGUGGAAUUCGGUGCUCGAGAGCGUGUGGGAAGGCGUGCCGAUGGCCGCGUGGCCGAUGUACGCGGAGCACCAGACGAUCGCGUUUUUGUUGGUGAGGGAGUUGGGGAUGGCGGAGGAGGUGUGGAUAGACUACUGGAUGGAUUCCGGCGGGGAGGAGGAGCCACCGGCGAUGGUGGCGGCGGCGGAGAUAGAGGCGGCGGUAAGGCGGCUGAUGGCGGGCAGCGAUGGGGUAAGGGAGAGAGUGAAGGAAAUGCAGGGGAAGAGCAGGGCAGCUUUGGAGAAAGGCGGGUCGUCCUAUCAUGCUCUAACUAGUUUUAUUGAGGAUGUUGUUAGGAAUGUUAGUUAG